AUGUUAAAUCAUCUUGUUGGAACUACAUUUGAUGGAUCAGCAAUGCGCUGUACUGAAGGCGUGUGGAUGUCAUUAGAAUAUAUCUAUGUUGCGCUUGACUUUGAAGGAUUAAAAUCUCUUGAGAGAACUCCACAAGAAGAUAUGUUUUUAAUGCUCUUUAAUACGGUUGUCUCAAGUCUUAUUCUUUUUAAAAAUCAAUUUACCAUAAAUAGAGAUGUAUCAACAAUGUUCCAAAAAUUUCAAGAUGGUGCAAAGUUAUUUGAGUCAGAUCCGGAGAUAUUUCAAGCGAGACUUUGGAUUAUCAUUAAAGACGUGCCUCAAGUAGAUGAAAAUGAUAUUAAGAGAGAAUUUCAAUUAAAACUUUCUCAAUUAGUUAAGGCGGAAGGCGAAGAUAAUUUUAUUACAAGAAUGUAUAAAGGUGGAAUGAAUAUUACACCUUGGCCUGUAUUUAAUGAUAUUGCAUGGUUUAAAAAUCUGGCAAAAAUUAAAAAAAGUCUGGAUAAACAAAAAACAAAAUAUGAAAAUGCUAAAACUUUCUUGCAAAACACAAAAGUAAUUAUGGCUAAAUUGAAGAUAUGUGAUUGGGGUUCAUUGAACGAAAACCUCAUACAAAUCCGCGUUGCAAUGUUAAAAAGAUUAUUUCCAAUCGCUGUAUCUUAUGGUUUAGAACAAAAAGAUCCCAACAUUGAAUGUCUUAUGAAUUAUGAUUCUGGAGAACAAAUUAAUGAUUCAAUAAUUGACUUAUGUGAUAUCUUAAAAGACUUCAAAAAUUCUUCCAAAAUGUAUCCCGAUUCUGAUAUUCUGUUAUAUGAUGAACACACGUCUUUUAAACGACUUUCUGAAAAAUUAAGAUGUGAUUUCGAGGAAAUUGUACAACCGCGAAGAGAAUCAUCUGAUGAUAAUAAAUGGGUUUCUAACCUUAAUAAGUUCUUUGAGGGUAUUAUUGAACGGCGAAAAUCACGUGUUCGAGAUUGGUAUGAGCAAAAUACUGCUAAAUUCCACCAAGAUAAUAGUGAUAUUGUUAAUGGAAAGUAUGUAAUGGAGCAAGAAAUAAGCAAACUCACACUUCUAUGGACCUUGUGUGGAUCAAUAUGUCAUCUAUGUAGUUUGAAAUGUGUCAAAAGUCGUAAUCACAAAGAGGAUCAUGAAUGUUUAACCGAUCAUAAGUGUCAUUUUCCUUGUCACUUUGUUGAAGCUCACAACGGAAAUUUAAUCCCAGAAUGUAGUCACAAAGCUGGACAUGAAGGAAAGCACGUUUGUGAUAAAAUAAGCCAUUCAUGUGGUGAACCAUGUAUCCUUAUUGAUAAGCGUAAUUGUCAAAAAGUUUGUUCUAAGAAAAUUGGACAUAAUGACGAUGAACAUUUAUGUCAAUCACGUAAUCAUUAUUGCGGAGAGGAUUGUUCAUUAUCAAAACAUAUCACAAAAGGAAAUUAUCAUUGCCCAAAUAAAUGUAUUAAACCAUAUGAAGAAGAACAUGAUUUGCAUCGUUGUGAAAAUAUAGGUUGUCCAAUUCAAUGUCCAGUUCCAAAUUGCAAGGAAAGGUGUCAAAGUGAUGAUAAUUUUCAUGCUUUUUCUUAUAUUCAAUUAAGUGAAACAUUAAAAUGUAAUAAAAAGAUUCCUCCGAAUGAAUUUAAGCAUACUGGAAAACACACUCACAAUGAAAAUGGUUUCCAUUAUCGUGAUGCAAAGUGUCGGUGCGAAUAUUAUUGUACAUUAUCUUAUAAACACAAACAAAAAGACCACGAUACAAGACAUGGAAAUAUGACACAAACUGAAUUCACGGGAGAAGAUAAUGAAUUUGAAUAUUUAGGACAUAAAUUAAGAGUUGGUGAUCAAGGAACAUUUGUUCUUUGCAAUUUAUUUUGUAAAGAGUUAGGUAGACAUCGUCAUAUUGAUUAUUGCCAAAAUGAAGAAAUUUGCAAAAUUGAAAAUCAAAAUAUACAACACAUUAAUGAAAAAGUUUCACCCAAUCCUGAUAGAUCAAAAGAUUUCAUUUCUCAUAAACUUUAUUGGGAGCGAACAGGUUUCAAAGAUCCUUAUUCUGUUCAAGAACAACAAGAAUUUACAAAAUGUGAUUAUGAAUGUCCCGACGAAAAGCAUCAUAAAUCUGAAUCUACAAGUGUUCCUCCAACCAAAUCAUUCUGUGAAUUACAACUUUUUCAUACUUUACUCAACCCAAAAUUAAAACCCCCAAGUGAUAAUGGAUAUGUAUCCUUGGAUGGACAUCAUUUCAAUUGUGAAGAUCCAAAUGCUGCUUUUCACAUUAUCUUUGUUCUAGAUCGUUCAGAUUCUAUGAGAGCGCAAGAUAAGAAACCGAUUUCAAGAUAUCCAAUUUAUAAUGACUUAAUAAAAGAGCAUGAUAAUAGAAUUGGUGCAGUUUAUCAGGCGGUAUACUAUUUUGUGGAAACACGCAUAAAUUCUGUCAGAACAAAUCAUAAUCAAAUGUCAUUAGCUAUGCGCGAUAAUAUUUCAUUAAUCUUAUUUAACACAAAGGUUAUCAUUCCAUUUGAAAAUCGAGAUUUAACUGAUCUGACAGUUUUGUUGGAUAUAAUGCUUAAACAAAAUGCAUAUGGUGGAACAAGCUACGAUCUUGCAAUUCAGAAAGCUGGAUCUUUAAUUGAAACUCACUUUGAUCCCACAAAAGUAAAUAUCAUUAUAUUCUUAUCCGAUGGAGAAUGUGGUGCUCCAAUGAAACAACUUCGUGCUAUUUGUGAACAAAACAAAGCAAAAGGAUCUCCAUUAUACCUUUAUACGGUAUUAUUUGGCAGUGAUAAUAAUAGUGGUUCUUUAAAAAAAAUGGCAAAUAUUGCACAAUCUUAUCAUCUUACAAAUACUUCAUCAGAUGUACUACAGUGUCAAUUUACUCAUACUAUUAAUGAGAUUAAAUUAAUUGACCAUUUUAAUGAAAUAGCAGAAAGCUUAAGAAAACACAAACCAUCUUUAUUAAAGAAAUAUGAAUGGUGGAACAAUAUCAAUUUAAGUAAAGAAGAACAUGAAGAACUUGAUGAAUUAAAUAAUAAAUUUAGCGAGAGAUUAGACAAAAUGAAGGAUAAAGAAGAUUACAUUUCAAAAGAAGUGACGACGAGUGAAGAAAAAGACAAAUUUAACGAAAACAAAAAACGUGUUGUGACAACACAGGGACGAAGAGAAGACGAUUCCGAUAGCGAAUAA